CGAUUUAGGACACCGGCAGAAGCAACCGUACUCGAAAAAAAAAAAGACCGUAGCCAACCCCAACCCUAACCAAGUUCGGAUCGGCUCGGAUCCUCGCCGCCAUGGCCGACAAGGAGGAGACACGACCCCUCGUCGGAGUCGGACCAGCGCCGCCUGGCCCGCUUGCUAAGACGGCCGAGAUAUCGGAGAUCCCCCCGGUCAGACCCAUGAUUGAAGCAGGGAAGGAGGCGGAGGCGGAGGCGGAGGAAUCUUGUCGCCUUCGUGGAUUCGGACGAAAGCCUCGACCCCUGGCCGGAGACGGACCAGCGCCGCCUAGGUACUAUAAGCCGGGUCCGCUUGGUAAGAAGGCCAAGAGAUCCAAGGGUUGGAUUCGCAUUGGAGCAGACAAGGCCGCCGGCAUGGGUACCAACACCAACAGCAGCGCCGCCGCCCCCCCCUCCCCCUCCUAUUUCAAGGAGCUCAACUUCUAUCGUCCCCCCGAAUACCAAACGCCUAGCGUCAUCUGCAACUGGCUGUUCAAAAUCUUCCGGCCGGAUCCCGAGAUGGUGCAUGACCUGAUGCUUAAGAAUUUGCUCAGGACUAGGGAGGCACGCGCGCAGAUCGAAGGUGUCAGUCACGAGAUCGUGCUACAAUGCCUUGAGUGGUACAACUCCAACCAUCCGGGCGAUGAGUACGAACCUGCUCCUGGUCGGGUGACCAGAUACACAAUAAUCAACAAUCUCCGUUGGUGGACUCAUGGCAACUUUGUGGCUCGUCGGAAGCGCUCUGGCUCUGGCUGCUUCUCCUUCCUGCCCGCUCAACGAACUCUCUUCUUUUUUGAGCUCACUGCUGGCUUAGAUUGUAUCGAUCAAGUUGUCACAUGCGCCCCCUUAGAUGAACCAGUUACUGAAGCCUACAAGUUCCUUGGUUUUCGUCUUGGGUGUGGUACUCGUCGCGAUGGUGGAUCGGAUUGCGUUUGCAAGACAUGCCACCGUCAGUUUCUUCUUCCGGAUCCAUUUAUGACCAGGACAUGUGCAUGUGGUGGCAAGGUUGAGAGGUUAUGUCACAUGUGCUAUCCUAAGUGCAUUGUGCUGCAUCCCCUCGGAGGAGAAUUCGAGUUCGGCCAUCACAAGGACAAUGUAUGGAAAGCACACUUAGAUCAUGCAUAACCUAGAUUUUUUGGUGGAGCUAUAUGUGGCAGUCCGGUUUGAAUGCCCUAUGUAAUUUAUAUCACUAUGUGCUUCAUAUUCACAUCGUGUCAGGUCAUCUAGCCAUACAUUCCUUAAGGUUGAUAUCUAUCUCACUGUUAAUAACUUUAUAUACUGGCAAUGAUAUUUCUGUAAUAUUUAUGCUUAAAUGUGUUCCGUUGGAUGUCUCA